AUGCAAUUGCGUACAUUUUUUAAGGGCUUACGCAUCUGUUUAGUUAUUUUCCCAUCCUUUAACUCUGCUUUUACUCAUACUAGGCAAGUGAUGAAUGUAAAGACCAACAAUGUCAAAGCCAGCUCGACUGUGUUUCUUUCGGUGUUGCAAACUAAUGGGCAUUCGUCGGGAGGUCUUCCGGCUCGUCUGCUCAGACCGUUAAACGGUAAUAUCGCUUACCAGGGAGUAGAAUGUGAAGCCCUGAAAGAGUUCUGGCUGUGUCUAGGAUCUUUGAAGUGUGGGUUUAAAGACAUUGUAUCCUCCUUCAUUCUUGACGAUCGGCUGGUCGUCCUUCGCCUUGGAGAGCUAAUCCACUGGGUGUCGUAUGAGUAA